GCAUACAUUGGGUAUUUGAAGAACAGGAAACAAACCUUUCAACAGCGUAAAGAAACGUGAAAAUUGUGAACGCUGCCGAAACAUCAGAAUACGUAUACAUCGGCAGAUAACAGAGAUAGAAACAGCAACGAAAAGUAGUUUUCAAGUGAAGUAAUAGUGCUGCUGAGAAACAGUUUGUUUGGCUAGCCUGGGUGCGAGGCAAGGGUUGUGUUUGAAUCUCCGACUCGAGGGAGUCGCCCUCCUUUUAGCUUGUGCAUGUUGAACGUUUUAUCUUUUUAACUUUUACACCUUUUGGGGAAUCUGCUUGAAGAUGGGGUGUACUCUGAGCACGGGUGAUAAGGCGGCGCAGGAGCGCAGUAAAAUAAUCGACAGGAAUUUACGGGACGACGGGGAAAAAGCAGCACGAGAAGUCAAGCUGCUUCUGCUCGGUGCUGGGGAGUCAGGGAAGAGUACCAUUGUCAAACAGAUGAAGAUCAUCCAUGAGGCGGGCUAUUCAGAGGAGGAGUGUAAGCAGUACAAGGCAGUGGUGUACAGCAACACCAUCCAGUCCAUCAUCGCCAUCAUCAGAGCCAUGGGGCGCCUCAAGAUAGACUUCGCUGAAGCAGCCAGAGCGGAUGAUGCUCGUCAGCUGUUUGUGCUGGCGGGAUCGGCAGAGGAGGGCUUCAUGACCGGUGAGCUGGCCGGAGUCAUCCAGCGCCUCUGGAAGGACGGUGGGGUCCAGGCCUGCUUCGGCCGCUCACGAGAGUACCAGCUCAAUGACUCCGCUGCCUAUUAUCUGAAUGACCUGGACAGGAUAGCCCAUGGAGCGUACGUGCCCACCCAGCAAGACGUGCUGAGGACCAGGGUGAAGACCACCGGCAUCGUGGAGACUCAUUUCACCUUCAAAGACCUCCACUUCAAAAUGUUUGACGUGGGGGGUCAGAGGUCCGAGAGGAAGAAGUGGAUACACUGCUUUGAGGGAGUCACCGCCAUCAUCUUCUGUGUGGCGCUCAGUGACUACGACCUUGUGCUGGCCGAGGAUGAGGAGAUGAACCGGAUGCAUGAGAGCAUGAAGCUAUUUGACUCCAUCUGCAACAACAAGUGGUUCACAGACACCUCCAUCAUCCUCUUCCUCAACAAGAAGGAUCUGUUUGAGGAGAAGAUCCAAAAGAGUCCGCUCACGAUCUGUUACCCGGAGUACGCAGGCUCCAACACGUACGAGGAGGCAGCAGCCUACAUCCAGUGUCAGUUUGAGGACCUGAACAAGAGGAAGGACACCAAGGAGAUCUACACCCACUUCACUUGCGCCACCGACACCAAGAAUGUGCAGUUUGUCUUCGACGCAGUCACCGAUGUCAUCAUCAAGAACAACCUGAAGGACUGUGGCCUCUUCUAGGGCAGUGUGGUGGCCAGCGUGUGUUCAGUGACCAUUUUCUUUGGGAUGUCUGUGGCUGGAGGGGGUUGGAUCAUGGACACUUUGUAGAGAACUUCACUUUUAACCUCUUAACUUCAAACUCCGUUUUUAAAAUGCCAUGUGGAAAAAUGUUUGUGUAAAAUAUUUGUACAACUGUCACUAUGGCUGGAGAUUUUCACUGUUUUUAAGAUGUUUUGUUUUAACCGGUCAAGUUAUUUGAAGGAUGGAGGGGGGACUUUGCAUUUGUUUCUUCUAGGAAAGGAAUGGACACAUUUUUCUGUUUAGGUACUUGCGCCUUUGCAUGCCUUAGUUCCAGUGUUUUGUUUUUUGGGCUAGAUGGUAGAUGUUAUAAUUGAAUAACCCCCCCCCC